AUGGAGCCACCUCCACCAUCAUAUAAUGAUGCUGUUACAGAUCAACACAGAAAUUCAGUUAAUCCACUCAGGGAUGAAGUUCAUGAAGCAGAGAAUUCACAAUUUGAUGAAGAUGCAGAAUCCAAGAAGCUUUUAGAAUCAGUGGAUGCAACCCAAAUAAAUAUUAAUAACUCUGAAACAACGCUACAUAAUGUUGGAGAAUCUCAUUUAGGAACUAGUGGUAGCUCAUAUAGCUCUGGAGAAUCUCAAUUAAGAGCAAGUGGUAGCCCCCAUGUCUCUGGACCCCUGCUACAAACAACAGGAUAUCAAUACAGAACCAAUGGACACCCUUCUGGUUCUGGAGCAACACCACAAACAGCAGAACCCCACUCAAGAACAACUGAAAACCCUUAUUAUUCUAGAACACCACUACAUACGGAAGAAUCUGAAUUCAGAACCACUGGAAGCUCUUCUGGAGCCCCGUCAAAAAUCGCAGGAACCACUGAAACCAGAGAAGUCCACUCUACACCAUUACAACAACCAAAUCUCUCUGAAUAUUCAGCACAAACUCAACCACCCCUUCCAAGUUAUGAUGCAGCCUUCAUGCGUCCAGAUCAAGCAAGAAACAAUAUGCAAAUUUCAAGAAAUGCACUAAGUGGGGCACAUCGGGAUCCAUUGCUAGAACCAGAACAGCCCCCACCAUCAUAUAGUGCUGUUAUGAGCUCUCAAGGCUCACGAUAUUAUCCCCCAGUCAAUGCAGGAAUUUUGAAUUCAUCCUAUGCAACAAAAGCAUCUACUUCAGAAGCAGGAAUCAACAGGUACCCUGCAGAAAGCACAUACGGAUCUGGCGCACAAGGCAGCAUUGACUAUCAGGGAUACCAAAGAAUGGCGCAUGGAUCUUAUGCACCAGUAAUCAGUAAUACUGGUACCUCUGUCCCCAACACCACACCACAACAAAAAACCCGUAUUUGUCGUACAUUAUGUUCCUUAUGUGUUUGUAUCAAUAUGAUAUUUAUUCCUGUAAUAAUCUUUCUUCUUUGA